GGGAGAGAGAGACUGCUGUCGCUGAUGAACGUACAGUACAUUUCAAGUAAACGCUGAAAAAUCGUGAAGGUGAAAUAAUAUAACAUGCGUUUCUAGACGACCGUGAACGUCUGGAAGUUUGUUAUUGUUAGCAUGCGACAGUUGAAAGAAAGAAAAACGCUUCAGUCAGCUAACGUACGUGCGAGUUUCGCGCGAUAUCUCUCUUUUAAAACAAUAAUAACUUUUAACAACUAAAAAGUAACUUCAAUGGUUUUGAAUAACGGUAGGAGAUGUGCACAGCACAGGGCAAUACAUCACGAUUUGGCUUUGAGGUAAAUAUCCGUCUGUUAUAAGUUACAUACAAAUAUACAUCGUACUAUUUGUUGCUUUCGCUCUUUUCGUAGAAAAAAACAACAACUGUAACUCAGAGUAGUAAAGUUUUCAUGCUAGAAAACCGCAAGUCGUUUAAAAGGAAAAACAGAUGUGCGCAUGCGCACCACCUCCUCCGAUCUGAACAACAGCUGUCAAAGGAGGUUUAAACAAAAUGAGCACAUCACGUGUUUGAUGUACACAUCUAAACACUGAUUUCGCAUUAGUUCAUGUUUAGAUCAAAGAUAGAUACACAUUUAGACAGACAUAAGAUGCAUCUCUAUGUCUGUUUAGGAUGGAAAGAUGUUGCAGGACAUGGAGCAGCGACUGCAGGAGGAAGGUUUGGACCCAUCGGCCUCCGUUAAUGAGCGCUUGUCUUUGCUGUGGCAGCUUUACAAGAGCAGUGAAAGUACUGUGAAGUCCCUCAACCAACAGUUACAAGAUCUUCAGAAGGAACGUGUCGCUGAGAUUGAAAAGGUUCAGCAAUACAUCAAUCAGAUUAAGAGUCUCACAAAGACCCGAGACUCUGUGGCUUUACAUCUCGAACAAGAAAACAUAACGCUCCGUGCUUCUCUGGACGACGUCCAUCUGCAGCAAGAGGCUCAGAGGAGCGAGGUCUCCGAGAUGUUACUUCAGGAAGGUCUGGCUGAUAUUAUUCCCAUCAGCUUGAGUGAACAGGUGGCCUACCUCCUCGCUGACAGAGCAUCCCUGCUGGAGAAGAUACAGAGCCAGGAUGUGGAUGUGAAGAGCACAUGCCAUCCUGGUGUCCAAACGCUGCGGGGUUGUGAAGAUAAUAUGGUCAAAGUGUCAUCACCACUACACGUCCAGAGCCCUUGGAAGCGGCUCCUAGGACUGCGAAAGGCAGCUCAGAGUAAACAGAAAUUAAUGCCUCAGGAGGUUGACAUGCGGUGCAGUGGGGAUGACAAGCUGAAGGGAUGGACGUUACAAGAACUGGAGCGAGAUGUAGAAGAAGCCUCAGCCCGGCUCUCCAUGGCCCACAAGGAGAUCCGCAGACUCACGGAUGAGCUCGAGUCUGCUCUCUUGACCCAGAAGGCUUACGAACCAGAGCUGCAAGAAGCUCAAAUGGAAGUUGAAUUCCUCCGACACGAAGUGGAGAAACUGAAACGCUGUGAAGUGGCUGAACUGCGAAAAAUAAAAGAGAUAAAUGAGAAACAGGAAGAAGAACUGUGUUAUCUUAGGGUGUGUGUGAAGAGACUACAGGCAGAGCGUGUGAAUUUGCUUGAAAUGGCAGAAGCCCCUGACAGCACCGUCUCUCCAUCCAAAGCCCAGACGCUCCAGGAAGAGGAUAUUCAUAAACGGUGUCUCGACGAGAUGCAGGACAGGUUGAUCACGCUGCAGGACCUGACUCGGGUCACACUGAAGCUGCGGAUGGAGUUUGAGAUGGAGGCGGACCUGCGGAGGAGAGCAGUGGAUGAGUGUGAAGAGCAGAAGAGGAAGAGGACGGAGACGGAGCAGUUAGUGCGAGACUUUCAGAACCUCUGUGAGAAGCAGACGAGCGAUUACAGGACCACCGUCAGCAGCCUUCAGCUCGAGAUCAGAGAUUUAGUAUCUAAGGUGCGGGAGCUAGAGGUGCAGGAUGUGGAAAGACAGUGUGACAAACACCUGAAGCAGGACGCUGAAGUUCGCCGGCUGAAGUUUGUCCUCCAGGAGGAGCAGGAGAAGACCAGACAGCUGACAAAGACCACGCAGAUGGAAAUCCAUCAGGCCAGAGCUUUGGUCCAGUCACAGGAAGUCCAGCUUCAGCAGGACGCAGAGGAGCAGAAGAGGCUGUUUAAGGAGCUCCAGGGCAUCCAGAAGAUCCUCAGCACCACCAAACAAGAGCUGCUGUCCCAGCGGAGAAACAACACACAACUUCAACACCGCAUCAGCGACGCGGAGCAGGAGAACCUCAGGCAGCUCCAACAAGACAUCAGUGACAGUCAACAGGAGGCGGACUCUCUGAGGACUGAGCUUCAGCUAGCUCUAGUUAGCGUGGACACUGAGAGGAGUAAAUACAACGACAAGCGAAUCCACUACAAAAACAAGCUGAGCCGGGCCAGAGGGCUUUACCUGAGAGAGACGGGGUGGCGGGACGACAAAAUAAAAGAGCUGGAGAAAGAGAUUUGUAUUCUGAGGAAACAGGAGGAAAAGACCUCGGACAUGAUGAAGAUGGUCACGUCUGAGAAUGAGAGUCUGCUUCAGAAGAAGAGAGGUCUUCUUUUACAGCUGCACGACUUCGAAGAGGCACAGAAAAAUGCUUCGGAUGCAGUUUCCUCCAUGCAAAUUAGGAUAAAUUUGCUUGAAGAAGAAAACAGUCAUCUACGACAGACGGCAGCGCAAACGUCCGAGCACAUCGAACGCCUGGCCGGGAACAAUUGUGAUCAGGAGGACACCACGGAGAGUCGUGUCAUAGAGGGCGAGGACCAAACCACUUUUCCUACAUAAACUUCACUUUAUUUUCAGUAUAAUCAUAAAUAUUUCUAAAUAAAGAUCUCAAAAAACAUUCA